AUGACGAACUUUUGCAUUACUGGCAAAGCUGCACUAGGUGUCUCGCCACUUCUUGCAGCUUCAUUGAUCCAUGCUGCAGUUGAUGAAGUUCUCCAAAUAGACUUUACUGAAUUUAAGAAGCAAAGUGUGGAAACGGAGGAAGAAGGAGAUGAAGAAAGGUUCACCUUGCUGGAUGGAGACUCUUUGCAGCGCUUCUUCUUUAACAAGCUUCGGGAAGUCUGCUUUGAAUGGCAGAAGCAGUUGCCACCACUGAGACCACUGAAGCGUUUUCUGCUCGUUUCCAUCCACGCCAUCCGUAAUACUCGACGGAAAAUGGAGGACCGCCAUGUUUUGCUCACAGAGUUCAAUCAGCUGUUUGGCUUAUCGGAUGACACUGAUCGAGCUUACUUUGCUGUGUUUGAUGGCCAUGGUGGAGUGGAUGCUGCCAAUUAUUCAGCAACCCAUUUACAUGUAAAUGUUGGGCUACACGAAGAGAUUGUUAAGAAUCCAGCUGAGGCCUUGAAAUGUUCUUUUCAGAAGACAGAUGAAAUGUUUCUUUUCAAAGCCAAAAGAGAGAGGCUGCGGAGUGGUACAACAGGUGUAUCUGCCUUGAUUGUAGGGAACAAGCUACACAUAGCCUGGCUUGGGGACUCGCAGGUAAUGCUGGUGCGGCAGGGAAAAGCUGUGACCUUAAUGGAACCUCACAAACCAGAAAGAGAAGAUGAGAAAGCACGUAUUGAGGCUCUAGGUGGCUGUGUAACUUACAUGGACUGCUGGCGGGUUAAUGGUACCUUGGCUGUUUCCAGAGCAAUUGGUGACAUAUAUCAGAAACCCUACAUCUCUGGUGAUGCAGAUGGAGAUUCAUUUGAGCUGACUGGUUCUGAAGAUUACUUGCUCCUAGCCUGCGAUGGAUUCUUUGAUGCUAUCAAACCAUAUGAGGUUGUAGACUUGGUCCUAGAUCAUUUAAUGCAAGCCAAAGGAGUGGGUGUCAAGGCAGCAGAAAGACUAGUGGCUGCUGCAAAGGAAAAUGGAUCCAGUGAUAACAUCACUGUUCUAGUGGUGUUCUUGAGGGACCCUCAGGACAUCUUGGCAGACUGUCUCAGAGACCCAAAGAGCCUUGGGGCUGGUGAUGAUGCUUGGAGCUCAGCCUUUAACUUCCUCAGCUGUGAGGCAGCAGCCACACAGUAACAGAAUCUGCUUAACCCAGAACAUUGAAAUAAGUUAACUUAAGGAAUUGCUUUCCACUGAAGAAGCCUCUAAUAUAAUAGGCAAAAGAGAAAAUAACAAAUGGACAAACAUUUAGCAAAAAACAAGCCUCCUUUUACUGAGUUCCCACUUGUCUUUUCUUCCCCUUCCCCUCCCUUCAAAAACUGGUGAGUGGGCUUGGAGAUUUGUGCAGCUAUUUCUUUUCUGGGAACAGGUUCUAAAGUGUGUCCCAGGGCUGCUGGUCAUAUCUCUCUGCCCUGGAAGUGGUAAGAAACCAUAAUAAUGUAUAAGCUAAUGGAUGAGAAUGUUUGUGUUUGAAUUCUGAGUGAAACUUUAAAUUAGUGGUUAAAAAGAAUGCUGUAUGUUAUAUUUAAUUUUGAUGUUACUCUGGAGUUUGGGAGGAGAGAAGCUGUAUCAUCAGAGAAGCUUGUUACUGUGUAUGGCCUGUAGGAACAGGCUUGGUGUGCCAGGGAACUGGGUGACCAGAAGUAGCAGCCCAGGUGUUGUGUAAGUUAUUUUGUUUUGUACCAAAGAUGAUAUUAAGAGAAUGUUGUGACCUCUUUCUUCAAAUGGAGAGGUUAAUUUCUGUGUGUAUGGGAAGGGGAAGAUGGAGCUGAAUGCUCCAGAGAAGGAGCAAGAAAGCUAUCCAGAGAUGUCCUUGGCAAAAAUAAUACAAAAUCAGCUGCUCUCUGGGAUGCUCUAGCUUAUAAACUGGAAUCCAAUAUUUAACUGCACUGGAUUAUUUUUCCCUAACAUUUUCUUGGCUAUCUGACAACCUGAAAAGAAAGGACACUUAUUGAUAUGUUUGAAAGAGGUCCUUUACAGGUUGUACAUGCUCUACCAGUAACGUGUUUUGUUUCUGCCAUAUUUUUGUGUGUACUAUAACAAGUGAAUGUUUUAUUUUUAUUUUAAGGAUUUAUUUGUUUACUGAACUUUACGUUGGAGGAUUUUUUUGCAGUGUUACUUUACUUUUGUUCUGGUUUUUAUUUAAAUUAGAAUUUUAAAGUGGCUAUGUCUUUAUUAUCUUUAUGAUUUUAAAAAGUGACUACCCUCAAGUGCCUUAAAUAUUUCACCCAAGAAUAGAGAUUGCUGGCUUCCUAUCAUAUUCUGGUGAGCCACUUUAUAAUGUUUUUAAAGUGUGAUUUUUUUUAUUUCAUUAAUAUUAAUGUUUAAUGCACUUAAUUGUUUCAUUUUUGUGAAUGAUUUAGUGGGAACUGGGUUUCAAGAAAACAUCUCAUUCAGUGUUGCCAAAUCUUGAGGCUCAUAGUAAAAGCUUCGUGAUACUUACUGUGAUUUUUUUCUCCUCUGCCCCAUGCAAAAAUCUCUGGUUAGUUAGUCAUAAAGUAACUAGCUGAUUCAUCAAGACUUUCAUUUAAAAGCCAAUAAUCUUCUGACCUUCACCAGAAAAUUUAGUAACACAAACUUAUAACUGUCUAAUAACAGAAUUUUGAUCUUAAUAGAUUAAGCAUCUAUUAAAAUAACAAAUUUUAAUAGAUGCCUAAUGUUGGCCAUACUUCAACUUUUUGGGCCCAAAUAACUUUAAGGAGAUGUGAAGCUACGGUAAGGAGGAAAGAAUCUUAAUGAGCGUGUAUGUUGUUGUGCAAGUGUUACAUCCAUUACGUGUGAGAGCCACUGGUUGUGUUUUAUCCUG